AUGGUUCUUGAGGCGACUAUGAUAUGCAUCGACAACUCCGAGUGGAUGCGAAACGGAGAUUACUCUCCGUCUAGGUUACAGGCUCAAACGGAAGCUGUUAAUCUUCUCUGCGGGGCCAAAACCCAGUCGAAUCCGGAGAACACGGUGGGGGUUUUGACAAUGGCAGGGAAGGGGGUUAGGGUUUUGACAACUCCUACCUCUGAUCUUGGCAAAAUUUUGGCGUGUAUGCACGGCCUUGAUGUGGGAGGGGAGAUUAACUUAACAGCAGCGAUCCAGAUUGCUCAGCUUGCUCUUAAGCAUCGCCAAAACAAGAAUCAACGCCAAAGGAUUAUAGUUUUUGCUGGAAGUCCAAUCAAGUAUGAAAAGAAGGCCUUAGAGUUAGUAGGGAAAAGGCUCAAAAAGAAUAGCGUCUCUCUUGACAUAGUCAAUUUCGGAGAAGACGAUGAUGAGGAAAAGCCUCAGAAACUGGAGGCCCUCCUUUCAGCUGUCAAUAACAACGAUGGCAGCCACAUUGUUCAUGUACCAUCUGGGGCCAAUGCUCUCUCCGAUGUGCUGCUCAGCACACCUGUAUUCACCGGUGAUGAGGGUGCAAGUGGGUACGUUUCUGCGGCAGCUGCUGCAGCUGCAGCUGGUGGGGACUUUGACUUUGGUGUGGAUCCAAACAUCGAUCCAGAGCUUGCUCUCGCCCUUCGGGUCUCCAUGGAGGAGGAGAGAGCAAGGCAAGAGGCAGCUGCAAAGAAGGCAGCCGAUGAGGCAGGAGGCCAGAAAGGCAAAGAUGGGGACACAGCUUCUGCCUCACAGGAGACAGUUGCUAGGACAUCUGAGAAGAAUGCCGAACCAAUGGAUGAGGACAAUGCGUUGCUAGAUCAGGCAAUUGCUAUGUCUGUAGGUGAUGUUAACAUGUCAGAAGCGGCUGAUGAGGACCAGGAUCUGGCUUUAGCUCUGCAAAUGUCAAUGAGUGGGGAAGAGUCAAGUGAAGCUGCAGGUGCUGGAAACCUCUUAGGAGAUCAAGCUUUCAUAUCGUCUGUUCUCUCAUCGCUUCCAGGAGUGGAUCCAAAUGAUCCAGCGGUUAAAGCGCUGCUAGCAUCUCUGCCAGACGAAUCAAAGCGUAACGAGGAGGAAGAGAGUAGUAGCAAAGGUGAGGAUGAGAAGAAGUGA